AAGAAGAUUCCACGUAGUUCGUGUAGGAUUUUACCGGAAUAAAUAGAAUACGGAAGAAAUAAAAAAAUUGUCAAAAUGAGAGUCUUACUGGUCAUUUCUUUGUUUUUUAUACUAGCCAAUAUACGAAGCAUCGAAGCCAAAAUUAACCUGGAUGCAUUAAGAAAAGCUACUAAAGGAUUUAAAAAUGGAUGUAUAAAGGCGACUGAUGUCACAGAAGAACUAGUAGAUGGAGCAAGACGGGGAGAAUUUCCACCGGACCCGAAUUUGAUGUGUUACUUUAAUUGUAUAUCUCAAAAAGUUAAGUUGGUCAAGAAUGGUAAAAUUUCAGCCGAUGCGUCGAUCGCUCAAGCUCACGCUUUAGUAGAAGAAAGUCUUGCCAUUCAGAUGAUAAACGCGAUAAACGCUUGUGCUUAUACAACUGAGCAAGAAGACCCCUGUAAAGCUGCAUAUGAUUACAGUAAAUGCUACUGGGAUUACGACAGUAAUCUGUGGUUCUUCCCUUAAAGACGUAGGAACAGGAGAAAAUUGUAAUUGGAAUUUCAUGAUGCAGAACACUGCUAUUCUAUAACUGGACGUAGAAGAAUCAAACAGCAGUAUCACAGAAAAAACUAAGAAUAAUAUUUGUUGCAGGAUAUUUUUUAGAGCAAUAAAGUUUUGUUCAGCCAA